UAGUAUCAUUUUCUUUAGAACUUGCUUUCAAAUAUCUGGGAAGAAGCUGCUCUAAGAGCUUGGAAAUGCGCUCGAUAUAAAAGUUUUGCGGUGACACUAGUGGGCCACCGUUAUCAUGAGAAAAGAGGCACACUGCGCAACACGAUAUAAGAAAUGCCCUUCACUAUAACUUACACAAAAAGGGAAGAAGAAGCAUAAAAGUGAGUGUGUUGUGGAGAAAGUUUAUGUAAAGUCAAUUGCACUAUCUUUGAGAAAAAUAAAUAGAAAUUCUAUACAUGGAAUGUGAAUUACUUUUUUUCGAAUACUCUGAAAGCCUCGAAUCGAAACAGCGCAGAGGCAAUUCUAAUAUGGCGUAUCAAGCGUGAGGACGUUUUCUUCUUACCAUGCUGUCUUUGCUACGAGAAAGAUCAGUUUUUCGUCCACUUUUUGGAUCGUUGAAAACAUUGCGGUACCAAAAGCAAAGAAGCUUCUGCAUUAGUGGUCAGUUAGCAAUUAGGGGGAAUCGGGACACAUCGGAAAGUCAUGGAGUUCAGAUUCCCGCUUUGAGUGUUGAACGAGCACAUGAAAUUGCCACAAAAGAGAUCGCCGGAUGUGAUUUAGACAGCGAAAAUGAUCAAAUAUUCAUAGGAACAGGACAGUAUUUCCAUAUGGUGGGGAGAGACAGGGUUUUUGUCUUGCACUCGAAGGAUGGUUUUGGCCAACCAAUGCGAAAAGCCAAUGCAUCAGAAGGCCAAAAAAUAAUAUUGGAUUGUAAUUUAGCAUCGGGAGAUGUUGAUAAACUAAUGGAAAAACUGGAAACUGCAACCAACUGCAAAAUUUGCAAUGGAGAAAUAAAUUCAGUUGACAGAGGGGACUGGAGUUUUGGUUUUACAGUGCGACAUAAAUUUGCAAUUUUUUCAAAAAAUGCCUUAAGCUAUUGUAACUUAAAUGGAAAUAAAACCUUAAAUUUGAUGGCGAACGGAGAAGAAGAGAUUAUACCUCUUACACAGGUGAAAAAUAUUAAUGUAAUACUUUCAGAAGAGCCAUGGAAUGAGCAAGCAAUCGAAAUAGAACUUAAAAAUGAAACUUUUACACAAAUUGUUGGCUAUAGCCUUGAAAAUGACAUGAGGGAUCUAGCAACCCUGAUGGUUGACACUGAGUGGUCAGUCAAGGCUGCUGCUUUAUUGUGCUUAAAGUUAAGGAAGUUGGGCCACCCAGUCAAUUUAAGAUUGCCAAGAGUUCUCACUGUGCAAGGAAAUCCUUGGGUUGAAAAUAGACAUGAGAUUUGGACAAAGUUUUCAUUGUCGAUAUAAUCUUUUUAUAGAGAGCAGAAAAUUGGAUUUCUUUCAAAUUCAGAAUUUCUCAUUUUACAGAAAGUUUUUUUUCUAAAGCAAAUAGAGUAGGCAUCAUAUCCUGAAGAAUGAUGACUAUUUAAAUUUCCAUUGAUUGGACUAUACAAAAGACAAUUGCAAUGUUUAAUGCACAGUUGACUAAUUGGAAAUUGUGUCUUUAAUCAAAGCGAUGCUUGAAAUCAUGCAUAAAAUAUAGUCUUGAUACAGAAAUAUAGUCAUUUUAAUUAAAAGUGAGCUGGAUAUUUAUAAAUGAAGCCAAGGUAUUAAAACUGAUAUUUAGCAAUUUAAUGAAAGUUCUUGAAUGUGAUUUCUUUAAAUCGAAAGUUUUUCCUUCAAACUCAAACAACCAAAAAUAAUUUCAUUUUAGGAGGUCUUUGUUAAUAUCAUGAAACUAGAUCUCGUCAUACCCAUAGAGACGGUGCAAAAAUUGUAAGAAGAAAAACUACAAUUAUAUUUAUCUGAAUAAUUCACUUAUACUGUGUGCUGGAUAACAGAAACAAAAAAUACAAAGCACAAUAAUCCUCAAUUUUUUUGUUCAUCUUACAUGAUCUUUAAUCAUCCUUUUGUUCAUCAAUUUUCUAAUGAUUAAACGGUUCCUCAAAUCUUGAAACUCAUAAUAUUUAUCUAUUAAGGGACUUGGUUGAGAGCCUUCAGUGAAUGAAUUCUUACAUAAUGACAACAAUUUUCAAUAAAUAUCUGUAAACAUAGAUUUAAUAUUCAUCUAUUUACAACAUUAAACUAUAUAUUUAUUGUUAUUCUUUAAACAAAACCCGAUAAAAACAUCUAGGAUAAAAAGUAAACUUUCAAAAAACAUAUUUGACAAGGUUGCAAUUCAAGCCCAGCAACUGUCAUUGUCAAAUUGGUCACCUAAAAGCUGGAACUUAUUGAAGUUUCUCUCAUGUUCAAAACUUUUAUACUUGUUACAUUUGGUUGGUUUGGUGGUGAAAUUUGACAAAAUAAUGGGAAGCAGGCCUUUGUGUCAAGAAAUUGUCACAAGCAAGGACUGCUAGGGCAAUCGUCCCUCCAACAAUAUUUAAGGGGAGAAGGAAGCCCUCCAGUGUCUGAGGGUGCAUUACGGUUUCAACUGCCCGCAAUUGCCUAACUUUUGGCUUCCUAGAUGCGUGAUGACAGCUGAUUUGUAAACAAACUGUUUGAUAUAAUGAUAUAUAAAUGUGAAUAAUGAAGCAACUUGAACUUUCAUUCAGGCUUUUCAUGAUACAUAGGAACUAACUUUUGUUAAAUGAUUUUCCUGUCCCUUGCUAACAAAACAUAUUUUUGCAAGGGCAGCCAAUAGCCUGUGCAAAUAAUUCAGGCAGGUGGUUGGCAACAGCAAAUGUGACUGCCUGCUUGAAAUGAAAAGGCCUGACGGAAGAGAGCAUUCAUAGAGUUAUUGGCCUUAGAUAAUACUUAAAACUACAAAAGUCUUAAGUCAAAAGUAUCUGCAAUGAACUUUGUUUUUGAGGAAAAUAAAUUCAUGUUAAAUCUGUCCCUUCUGCCCAUUCACAGCAAAGAACACAAUAAGGUGGUGCAUCAGUGCAGUCUCUGUCUCUUGUGUGCAAAGUGUGAAAAGCACUUUUUCCAAGUGUGUCUGCUUGUUCGAAUAAAGCCAUGCUUCAACUAUUCAAAGUCUGGAAUAUCUUCAUAUGAAUAACCUCUGUAUCCCCUCCAAGCACAAUAGGCAAUUCGCACAUGAUAGAAGCCAGGGAUGAAAAGCAAAGAUCCCAAGAUGAGCAUUGGGUAAGUGCGAUCAGCAUACUGAAAAAUGAAAAGUAAUUUGUUCCCACUUUCAAAUUACAGUGACACAAAUCUCAUAGGCUAAAACAUCAGGCCUUGUAAAAAAAAGCAGGUGCUUGGCAAACUGUAAACAUUUUACUUUUUGAGUGCUCCAUUCAAUAGCCUUCUAGUUGAAUUAGAAGUCAACAGAAGUUCAGAGAUGUGCGCUAAUUUAAAUUUUAAAAAUUGACAUACUGAUAAAUUCAAUCCCAAAUUCAAAAACACAAUCAAACAUUUCAAAAAGAGAGCACUCAAUUACUCUCAAGUUGGUCUGUGGUCCUAUAUGUAUGUAGAGAUGUUAGUUAAUCAACUUAAACACUUUGUUCUUAAUCAUCAUCAAUCAAGGGCAGGCACCCAAUUGAUCAAGCUCAUAGAGCUUGCUAGGUGUGCGGGGAGGCCCUCAAUUAAGACAGUAUUUUGACUGAGACAGUAUUUAAUUAAGACAGGCCUGACAAUUAUAGAGACAGUAUUUUGUCUACAGUGCUGUUACUUUUGUAUAUGCCUUGGGUUUCAAUAUUUUUUAUUGUUAAGGAAAUUCCUCUUCCCAUCCCACAAUGAAGAAAAGGCUCUAUUUCAGAUCACUGAGAGAAUGCUUAUGAUGAAUGGAAAGAUAAACAAUGUAGGAGAAUCAAUAAACUUAUACUUGAUUUUCUGGCUUCUAGAAAUCCUUACCAAAAUUGUUGGGGCACUUGCGCAAAGAUAAAGCUUUAUUUGGAAAAAUCCUCCCCUACCCCCCAUUACAAUGCUGUUCAGUUUAGCUGGUUUGAUACUGAGAUAAAAAAAAUUUUACUUAAAAGCUGUAUGAAGGUAUUGAGAAAAUAAAUCAACAUUGUACGGGGGGAGGGGGUUGAAAUUUCGGGAGGGGCAGUGAUAUUUUGGUAAGGUAUUUUGAGACAUGUUUUGUUUAUUUGCAUGCUGCAAUAGGAAGGCAUUCCUAUUGCAGCAAUGAUUGCAUGUUGAGUUUGAACAGUCCUUUAUUGACAAUAUAUAUAAUACCUCUACAUCAAUGUAGCCAGUGAAAAGAAGAGCACCAAUAACCAAUAGCAAGGUGCCAAGGGUAAACAGAAAUAUAGCCAGCAGGAUAGCUUUCACAGGUGGUUUUGGUGGUGGUUUUCUAAACUGUGCAUCAAUAAAACCAUCAUCAACAGACUGUACUUUGUGGUACUUUACAGUUGAUGAGUUUCGUAGUGUUGGCAUUAUAGAAUGUCUUUAGAACUUCAGGAAGUCAACCUGUGAAAAAAAUAACCACUCCAUAAGCUAUUCUAUGACAUUACAAGAUGGUCACAAAUUAUUGCUAAAAUAUUCAUCACAUAAAACAAAUAAGGCACAAAUCUAUCAUUUGCAUUUUCUUUGCCAGUCUCCAUUUGUCAGGGCAUAAUUCUAGUAUCUUUUUUAUUAAAACAAAUUUAUCCAAAAAAUAUUUGGUACUAAAAGGGCCAAUCAUAUAGUUACUUGAACAAAUCGUUACAAACAAUAGUUUGUGCCAAGGAUAAAACUCAAAAUAAACUUUUUAUUUAUGUAAGAAAGUGGCUUAUCAAGUGACGAUACUCCUGAACACUUAUGGAGAGGGAACAUCUUACAAGAUAUCACAGAUAGGCCUUUCUCACUCCAAGAAAACAAGAAAUGACAUCUACCUUUUUCUGAUGAUUUCACUAAGUAAAUUUCUGAUUUCCGAUCUUAGAGUAUUGCUCUUGUAUGUUUUGGAAACAAUUAUGCAAUGGAACACAUAAGUCUUCAGGCAAGUAGCAUCAUGUGAAAGGAUAGAAAAGGCUCCAUUAAAGUGCUUUUCUUGACAUAACUUGGAGCUGUAACUUCAAAGCAAGCUUGCAUUCGAAAAGUCACAAAAUAAAAUUUAUAUAAAGUUACAAUUAGGCUGUUUAUGAUAAUAUUAAUUCUAAGGGGGUUAGACAGCCUUGAUCUUAUAAUACAAUGUAGUGGUUGUGCUUUUGUGUUUGCUUAUCACUUUUCAAAAUUUAGCACGAAAUUAUUUGGCUCCAGUGCAGAUGCCUAACUAUCAACAUUCUGAACAAAAAGACUAGGUCAGAAAAUACCUCAAAAGAUCUUCAGUUCAAAACUUCAGAGUAGCAUUUACUCUUCCUUUUAAUUUCCACGUUUACUGAUAAAAAUGACAUUUUUACUGCUGGUUUGUAUUUGUUACUACAGCUUUUAGUUCACUGAGAAGUUUAGGUGCGGUGAUGAUUCAGCUAUUAGAGGAUUGACUACAGACCAAAGAGUCUGUGGUUCGAGUCUCUGGCAUUACCAAACUUUCACCCAGAGUGAAGAGAGUUGCCAGUUUUCUGUAAUUCCAGGCAUAGGAAUCACAAGGUGUGGUCACAUCAAGAGGAAGGACCAGGACGCUGCUUGAUAAGCAUAAGCUUCUCAGUGUCCUAAAAACUACCUUCGGAUGCUAGGUAGAAACAAAUACAAACACAAGCUGAGUUUAUUGAGCAGUGUCAAAGGCCUUCCCUUGAUAUGACCACACUUUGUGAUUCAUACUGUCUGGAAUUAAAGAGAGUUGGCCACACUCCUCAUUUUUAGUGAAAGUUGGGCAUUUCAGCUAUUUGGAAGCCAGAAUCUUGGAUCUGCAGUUGGCAAAUCAAACCACGAGCAAUCCUAAAUAUAUACUUAAAAACUUCCUAAUACCAAAAAUAUUAUGUUUCAAAUAGAUUGCUUCUGGCAGAUUGCUUUUAUCACUCCCAUAUUUACAGUUUUGCAUAUGAUCUUCAAUGUUAUCAAAACAUUCUAUAUUGUUUUCUUGCCCAGCUAUGAGUUGUGUUGUUAUUAUUUCAUAUCAGAAUACCAUUUUUGGGGAAUUAGUAGGCAUGAUCUUGUAGUUAGAAAGACCAUCUCUUUCACCUCUUUACAUUUGCCUUCUGCUAGGACACUGAUAGAAACUUUUAGAACAAUAAUUCUACAGGUGCAGCUCCCAUACUAACCACAACUUGCAAUGAUGCUUGGCUAGCUUUCGUAAUAAAUGCACCAGGUUGUCUAUUAGACCCAAUAAGGUGUCCAUUUUAUUCGUUCAUUUAGCUUCUUAACUAAUAUCUACGGGCUUAAAGAUACUUGUGCCAAAUAAUGUACACGCCUAUACCAAAGUGCACACUUGCAAGCUUGAAAUUUUGGACUUGCAUACCAGAUAUCUCGUUGGAAACUGUAGUAAAACUUCUUCUCUGCGGCCGGCCGUUGUUGUCAAGAGGGAAGGGAUCUUCGUCGUUUUUAUUCUGGCUUCACUUGGCUUUAAAAAUUUUACCUGGCUUUAAAGGUUUAAGAGCAAAUGAAAAAUGGAACUGAAGAAAAACCACUUACCAGAUUUCAAAGUAAAUGAAAGAUUUCACUUCAUCUCACCCACCAAAGCACAAGAAAAGAAACACAACUCUGCGCUUAAACGAGACUGAAACCUGAUGUAAACGAGGCUGAGAAUAUCCCGAUGCCGCGUCCAACAGGAAAUAAAUAAGCAUGAUGAAUCAUGAUGAUGGAAAUAAUGAAUCAUGCUAAUAGUCAUAAAUUAGCAUGAUUCAUUAUUUCAAGUAAAGGGUUAGGGUAAACUAAUUACGUCAUCAGGUCGAGCAGUAUGGAAACAAGACAGCUCCCGUCCAACACAGUCUAGUUUCAAUCUUUCAAUUUGGUUUCGACAUUGGUAGAUAUCAGGUCACUCUUUAUGAUCAUGAUUGUCCAAAACACAAUAGAAGACGUCCCACAACUCAUCGCUUUUUCUUCAACACAAUUCAUCAUCCCACAAUUCAUCGCUUUAACUUUGCAGCUUUCAAAAGAGCGAUCAAGCACUGGCUUGGCGAUAAGUGUAAUUGCCGGAUUUGUAAAUAACCAGAAUUGUAAUAUUGUUUUAUUUUUUCGUAAAGUUAUCUUUGUAAAUUGUUGGUAUAAAUUAGUAAUUAUAUUACUAUUGUUAAUAGACCAACUUUAAAUUUAAGAUUAUUAUCAUUAUCAACACAU